UUUUCAGAAAAUAUAUAAAUAGAAAAGAAACGUAAUUGAUAAUAUUUUCAUCCUGGUAGUUAUGCAUAAUAUUAUUAUUUAAGCAGUGGUUGUCAAUCUGAAGAUACAACAUUAAAACUAUGAACAUUUUAACGGAUUUAACAAUGGAAAUCUUAGCUUACUACCUCGUCAUAGAAAUAUGAGUAAAUAACACUUACACAAUGGGACGUGCUAUUAGAAGCCCAAGACCGGAUAGUCGAGACAGAGGAAAUGGCAACGCCGUCAGAUGGAGAAACUAUAGUCGUCGGGGCGAAAACAGUGGCCAACAAUCAUUUCGAGCCCGCAGGGGAAUACACAAACCUUAUCGUACUAACAGAAUUGUAACUUCACAAACAAUAACCAGAAGCAGAAGCGAAUAUAAGGGUCGACGACAAUCGUCAAGGGGAAAUAGAAGGGAGACGAGACGUACUCCAAUGGACAGUCUAGUAGCUGACAAGGUUGUUGAAAGCAAAAGUGAAGAUAUAAGAACAAUUUUAGCGGAACCCCAGACAAAAGAUUCAAGUGAAAUAUCACUUAUUCUAGGAGUAAACUUAGAAAAGGCGAAAAUCUACCUUGAGCAGGCUACAGAAAAUGAAAACAGGCUUAAAAGAUGCUUGAAACGUUUGGACAAAGCAUUCCAAAGCGAAACAACAACGGCAUUAAUAGCAAAUCUUAUAAAAGCGAUGACGGAAACAGAAUUUGUUAACAAUACCGUCAACAUAUUGAAGCAAUACUUUGAGAGUAAACACUCGAGCGAGGAAGACACUAGUAACCUAGAAGCCGUUUGUGCUUUAUUAAGAAUAAUGAUACGCGUGUGUCUACUGAAUCCAAGUGCGUUAACUCUUAUACAUGGCAGUUUUGCUGUUAUUGGGAAACUUGUAGCAACAAUCAGAGAGUACAUGGAAUACGAAAAGGACCUGGCAAACACAAAUAUUCCCUCCGAAGGAAACACAUCAAAACCAAAAGAGGCUGAAAACAGAAUGGAAACCGACAGAGAUUGUUUGCAAAAGGUCUGUAGUCCCGAGUACAAAGAGGCAGAGGAAGACAAUAUCGACCUCGAUUCCAGCAAUAUUUAUUUAAGGGAUAAUGCAAAAUCCCGAGAAGAAAAUGUAUUGUCAGAAGGAUCCAAACGUCUUGGAGGGGAAAAUACUUGCUUUGCAAAUUUAGAACUAAUAUUUGCAGAACUUGAAGAUAAUGUUAAAUCAUGUUCAUCACGAAGAAGAAAACAAAUGCAACAUGAACCUGUUGAUGCUGAAGAAAAUUCUGAUGAAAAUUUUAGGGACAUUCCACUUUUUCCUCGUCUUGGAGAUCUAAACGGCGAUAUUAAACCAAACCUCAGGGUGCAUAAAGCCAAGGGGUCAUACAGCAGUGUAGAUGACUAUCUCGAUGUACAGUUUCGGUUACUACGAGAAGAUUUUGUCGAGCCGUUGAGGGAAGGAAUCCAUGCCUUUACAGGACAGUUAUUCGGCAAAAAAAAGAACAAAAUUCAGGAAAUAAAAGUGUAUGAAAAUACACAAAUUUUGUCAGCCUUUUGUGGAGACGGUGUGAAUCAUAUACUAAGCUUCGAUAUCAGCAAACUGAGACACGUACGAUGGAACAUGACAAAGCGGCUGAAGUACGGAUCACUCGUUUGUUUAUCAGCAAACAACUUUCAGACAUGUUAUUUUGCUGCAAUUGUAGAUAGCGAAGCAAAAUUUAGAAGACAAGGGCGUCUGCACGUGAAAUUUGCACAUGUCCCAACUCAGAUACAACUUCUAAUCGGAUCAACAUUCACAAUGAUAGAGUCUUCUGCCUACUUUGAGGCAUAUCGACCUGUACUUUCUAGCCUUCAAAGUAUCGCCGAAAAUGAUCUUCCUUUUAAGGAGUACAUAAUUAGAUGUAAAAAUGAUGUUUCGCCUCCAAAAUAUUUCCUGCGUGAGAAUUCAGAAAGAACACUCGACCUAAGGUGCUUAGUUAAUCCACAUUUCAAAAUAUUCAGUAAACGGCGUAUGUUCACAUACCCUGAAGAAGAUAUAUUUGAGCCAAAUAUAGACUUCAACGAAGGUUCAAAAGGAUUGAAAAGAGUAAACAUUCUAGAAAGAAAAUGGCCAAUGGAAGAUCAGCUACAUCUAGAUUCGUCACAGUUGGAUGCUCUUAAAACUGCACUGACAACGGAGUUCUCGGUAAUUCAAGGGCCACCAGGCUGCGGAAAGACGCAUUUAGGAUUGAAAAUAGCAAAGGUUUUGCUUUACAAUAAACACUUAUGGGAACAUGCAAAUGGAGCUCGGGCACAGAUGUUGGUUGUUUGUUAUACAAACCAUGCUCUUGAUCAAUUCAUGGAAGGAAUCUGUUCGUUUUUCAAUGGCGACAUUGUAAGAGUUGGUAGUAGGAGUUGUAAUGAAACCAUGGCAAAAUUUAAUUAUAAAUCAAUCAAAAACGAGUGUCGGAAGUUGAAAUCUACCCCACGUUUCAUACGUGGCGCUCGUUUUAACGCAAAAAGGGACGUUGAAGAUACUAAAUAUCAAAUAAAUCUAGAAUCUGAGAAAAUCAAAUUAUUGAGAGAACACAUUGUACACGAAAAGUCACUUUCUGACGAAAUGGGAAUUGACCAUUACACACAGUUUAAAUGGUUGAAAAAACGAUUUGUACGUUUACCUCCUUGGCUCGAAUUCUUAGGCAAUUCCAGUAUUGUAGAAUGGUUAGGUAUCAUUGGUAUGGCAAAAAGAAUACAGAAUGAAAUGUAUACAUAUAACCCAAGAAAAAAAGAUCAGAACUUUGAAUCUUUACUAGACAAGGAGCUAAAUAUUGAAAACAGAGAAGCAAUGACAGAAAUUAAUUUUGAUUUCAAACAACAACUUGAAGAGAAUCAGAAGGAAGAACUAACAUCUUUUAAAAGACGAAAUAUUUGUCUUGAUUUGGAUGAAAUGAAUAAUUUGACAGGACUUUUUCUCAGUAACACAAAGCGAAAAAUUGUUGAGAAGGAACGAAGAAAACUUACAAAAACAUUACAGCACAAUUUACGAAGAAUCAGACCUAUGUCCAAGUCGGAAGCAAUGUCUGUCGGUGAUAUUUUGAGCACACGUUUCACACAAGAAAACAGAUGGGCACUUUAUUUAUAUUGGGUACAGACAAAAUGUAACAAGAUAUACCAGUCCUAUGAAAAGAAGCUGGAACUUUAUGAGCAGGCUGAUGCACGCUUAAAAGAGGUAGAUAUGAUGGAGGAGAGAUUCAUUUUUCAAAAUGCAGAUAUUAUUGGCAUGACAAUAACAGGCGCAGCAAAGCACAAAAGUGUUCUUAGAGAGAUUAAACCAACUAUUAUGAUUGUAGAAGAAGCUGCAGAGGUAUUAGAAUCUCAUCUGAUCUCGAAUCUUACUUCAGGAUGCGAGCAGCUCAUAAUGAUAGGCGAUCACAAGCAGUUGAAGCCCAAGCCAAAUGUCUAUCGAUUGGAAAGAGAAUAUAAUUUGGAUCUAUCUUUGUUUGAGAGGAUGAUAAGAAAUGGUAUAAAAUACGAUUGUUUACAAAUCCAACAUAGAAUGAGGCCUGAAAUAGCAGAUAAUGUGCGUCACUUUUAUGGAACUCUUCUAGAUCACGAAAGCGUAAAACAGUUCAAAUCAGUCAACGGUAUUGCCCACAAUAUGUACUUUAUUGAUCACUGCGUUGAGGAAAGGAAAGAUGAAGAGCUAAAGAGCUUCACAAAUGUGCAUGAAGUCCAGUAUCUUGUUGCUUUAUGCAAAUAUUUGUUACUCCAAGGAUACAAUGCGUCUGAUAUAACCAUACUGACAACCUACAAGGGUCAAAUGUAUAUGAUGAAAAAAGAAAUGCUUGAACAAGGAGGCGUCAUAAAUGGUGUUCGGAUGACCAUAGUAGAUAACUAUCAAGGAGAGGAAAAUGACAUUAUUUUGCUGUCGCUUGUAAGAAGCAAUGAAGGAGGGCGGAUCGGUUACCUAGCCAGAGAGAAUCGGGUUUGUGUUGCUCUUUCUAGGGCGAAAAAAGGAUUUUAUAUCAUCGGGAAUGGAACGAGCCUGUCAUCAGCGACUGACUUAUGGAAGCCAAUUCUUAAUAACAUGAGGCAGAAGGGGCUGCUUGGUAAAGCAUUACCAUUAUGUUGUCAAAAUCACACUGAAGACGCAGGAAUUAUGGCUCAAUAUUCAGAAGACUUUCAGGGUGCUCCGGAAGGAGGUUGUCGGAAACUUUGCGACAUACGUUUAGAUUGUGGUCAUGCAUGUGGAAAGUUUUGCCACAUAAUAAACAAAGAACACACAGGCAUAAUAUGUAAAAAACCAUGCGCUAGAAAAUGUAGAAAUGGACAUCAAUGUAAAAAGGAAUGCUGGCAAGAGUGUUAUUGUUCAGAAACCAUCAUCGUGACUCUACCAGGAUGCAGUCAUAUUAUCCAGAUUGAAUGCUCAGUUGAUUUAAAAGGCUACGUUUGUGAUCAAAUUUGCAAUAAAAGGUUAGAAUGUGGUCAUGUGUGUAUACGUAGGUGCCAGUAUCCGUGUGUUUGCAUGGAACUAGUCAGCAAACACUUACCAUGCGGUCACGAUGAAGAAAUACCGUGCUCGGUCGACCCGGCAAAACACCCAUGUAUCAGAGACGUUCAGGUGCUGCGUACUGACUGCGGACAUAUUGAAACUAUUAAGUGCCGUGAUGCCUCAAAAUCGACAAUCUGUAAAACAGCAUGCAAACUUCCAAUGGACUGUGGUCAUCUUUGCGAAGAAAUGUGUGAUGUAAUGGCCAGCGAUUUAUUAAAAGAUGACAGCCGUGCAGUUUCUAAAUGUCCAAAAGGGCAUAUCUCUUACUGUGAAAUGUCUUGUGAAACCAGUCUGAAAUGCGGCCAUGCUUGUAAAGGGUCGUGCUGUACAUGCUUUAAAGGACGCUGGCAUAUGUUAUGUAAGGAAAACUGCAACUGUAACUUAAUUUGUGGUCAUAACUGCCAAGGGAAGUGUGGAUAUUGUUUACCAUGUAGUGAAGAGUGUAUGCGAAGUUGUAGUCACAGGAUAUGUAGCAAAAAAUGCAUUGAUGAAUGCAUACCAUGCAUAAGUUUUUGUAACUGGAAAUGUGAGCACUAUAGUUGUACUAAGCCAUGCGGUGAAAAUUGCAACAGGCCACGCUGUAACGAGCCUUGUAAAAAAAUACGUCCAUGCAAACAUAGAUGCAUUGGCAUGUGUGGAGAUCCGUGUCCAACAUUGUGUCGUAUUUGCGACAAUAAAAGUGUCACUGAAAUCCAUUAUGGCGCUGAAAAUCUACCCGAUUCUAGGUUUAUUCAACUACAAGAUUGUGGACAUCUUAUCAGAUAUGAUAUAAUGGAUGAGUAUAUGGAUAUUGAUGAAGGUGCGUGUUUGAAAAAAUGCCCUUUAUGCAAGGAGCCAAUACGUACCACCAAUGGAAAUCGCUAUGAAAACAUAGUCAACAAAAUCUACAUUAAAAUCAAUAGUUUCAAACGACUAAUCCUCCGGGACUAUGAUUUCCGCUGUACACUUAUGACAUCCGCUUCAACACAAACAAAAGAACUACUCGAUUGGAUAGUGGCUACUGGUUGUAUUCUCUGCUCUAAUGCAAGUACAUACUAUGACCUAUCAAACUUUCUUAGGCGUUUUCAAUCGCCUAAAGUGAUAUUUAAUUUUUUAGCAUGUCGGGAUAUUGUGAACACACUUAACCAACUUACGAUAUUCAGUUUCUUAAACUCGGUUAUGACGUUAUGCCCGACUGAUAAAGAAGUAUUAUUUCGUGGUGCAUCUCUCUGUUUGUCUUCAUCGCAACAUUCUUAUGAAAUUGAAAGAGAGAUGAAGAGGAUUCUCGAUAGACGCCAGUUGGAAACAACAGAAGAAAAGUAUUUAGCACGUGAGAGCGGCGGCAAUGAAAGAAGAGAAAUCAUUGAUAGCGCCAACAAAGUGUUGCUAAAACCGGGACAAUAUUCAGAGGAAGAUCGCAAAAACGUUCAGAAAUAUCUUCAAAAAUUUCCAGAGGAAGACGAUCUUGAUACUGAACUGAUAAAUCUGUCCCUUGAAACAGUCAGUAUUGACAGAGAUGCUAUUCUCAGAAAAGGAUAUAUAGAUAUCAUUUAUCCAUUACAAGAACUAUACAAAGAAAGUAGUACAAAAACAAAUUAUUCACAAGGUUCGAGGUCAGCGGUCAAUAAACAGCUGCUUAGCAAGAAGCAAUCUGAAACUCGAGAGCAAAGCGACAGUAAUUCGUACACAUAUGAGCCCACACAUAUUAUUGAUUCUGUUGAGAAUAACCAGGAGAUUAUAAUAGAAGAUGAAAGUGACAUGCAGGGAGAAUGUUUAGAGUUUGCAGAAAUUGAAAAUAAUUUUGACACAGAUGAAGAGAGCCCGAAGGUGUGUAAAGAUACAGCCGACGAUACGUGCGUGAGAGAAGAAACAGUAUUGCACACAGAACAUAGCUUGUCGGGGGGAAUUACAACGAAGUAUAUGCCAUGUAGCAGUUUUGAAAAGGAUAAUCCAAGGGAAAACCUGCUGUCUGGUAAAGAGGCUGAUUUCUCAAUGAAACUGCACUCCAACAGUAAUACUUCUACAUUUCGUCACAGCGAAAGCCGGACUCAUGUCAUAAAACUGUUCGCAUGGCCUGGUGUUCCAUACUUUCACAGUGAACAAUCUGUAUUUCAUUUAAAGAAAAUACAGGAGGCUGGCAUUCAGAAAAUUAACGAAAAAGGUUUCUCUGCUAAAAGAACUGCUACGAAUCAAAAAGAAGUUGAGCCAGUUGAAAAGAAAGCAAAAACAGAUACGAGAACCAGGAUACAAAUAUUGGCAUUAAGCAACAAGAAGCGAUCGAAUUAUGAGACAAAUGAAACAGAACCAUCGAAGAAAAAAAUAAAAGAGGAUGGAAAAGUCUCAUUUACAAUUCAGAAAAAGCCUCAUCAGAAAAUCAUUAAAAACCAACAGUUUGAAGUUGAUAUUGAAGACGAAAGCUAACAAGAUCUUAAUCCUUUGUCUAAGAAAACAGACACACGCAGUGUAAUUAUCACGAGCAAUACCUUUAUUAGUAACACAAAUGUAGCACAGAAAACAAGUGAGCCUAAGUCUCCUAAAGUUACCACAUCGAGUGAUAGACAUUUGGUCGAUUACGAAGAUGUUGAUACGUAUGAAGAUAAUCAUUCAGACUUCGACUGUCUCUACGGUCAGAAAUCAAACCUAAAAGAGAGACUAACAGAAACAGGGACGAGAAAAAGUCAACGAAUUAGGCAAAUGCAAGAGAAAAGACACAAUUCAGCUACACGAUCAAAUAAUACGCCCGCAUGUAGUAUUUCUUCUAACAAUGAUAAAACAAUUUUUUCCGUGGAUAGUAGAGAAAUGAUAUCUCUUCUUUUCGAUCGUACUACUAAAGAACUGAACAGACAUUUAACGCAAAAAAAGGAGGCGGAUUUGCGUAAUGUUAUUGAUAAAAAGAAGCAGCCUGAGUCGCAGUUACGCACAAAUAAUGCAACAGAGAAAAAUAACAGUCGUAGCGUGCUCGUGCAAACCAGAGAGAAAGCGAAAGGAAAACUCAAAUAUUGUAAUACUAAAGGGAAACAAAGCAAAACACAACAAGAUCAUAAUGUAUGUAACACAUCGAGUUUAUCUGGGGAAGGGAUGCAGAGAAGUCGAUAUGAUUUGCGUCAUUUAUUAAAUAAAAAGGAUUGUACAAGAAGUAGCCGAUCACUAGAGACUGAUGCUGAGAUAGAAAUUGAAGGUGAGGCUUGGAAAGUUCUUGAUACAGCUUAACUCAGAUAGCGCAUUCUAGCAAAUAGUUUAUGGAUGAUUUUAUAUUGCAAUGUGCUAAAGCUUUCGCCAUGAUUCCUAUUUUGUUCAGGCGAUAUGUGUAUCUAUUUAAGGUGUUUGUCUAAAUAUGUUCGUUGAAAUCAGUAUGAUAGAUAAACAAUUUUUUAUCAUUUCCGAAUGAUAUGUAGUAAUACACUGUGUUAAAACAUAAACACCAAACAAGAUGUUCGAGAUUGUAAAUACCAUGAAACUUUACGCAUAAAGAACAAUUUAAUUCAUUUGUUUUUAAAUACUCCAAACAUAAACAAUCAUCAAAGCCGGUAUUAAUCAACAGUCUAGAAUUCUAAAUCGGCAUGUUGUAUUUUUUUAACAUUUUGCAUUUAGAUAUAAGAUUUUAACAUUUUUGAAUUAAAUUAAAUUUUAAUUUAAGUUCAAGCUUAUCUAUAAUAUAAAUUAUUGAAUUCAUUACAAAGUCAUAUUAUUGAUAUCUUGAAGUUAACUGCGAACAUUUUGCAUUUAGAUAUAAGUUUUUAACAUUUUUGAAUAUAUUUUUUCAAAAGGCCAAGUUUAUGUUUGAUGUAAAUUAUUGUAUUUAUUGCAUAUUAUUGAUAUCUUGAAGUUCACUUUAAUUCUUAAGCGCAUGUUACAGUUUCAUUGUUUACAGAGCGUUCUUCAAGACUUUACAGUUUUACAUUACGCAUUUUUAUUACGGUAUAUGUGCCUACUUUUACCGCGAUUGAAAUCUAACGGAAUUCUACGAUAGAUUCAAACCACAAAUACUAUAAAUACAUGCAAAGCAUAACUGUCUGUGCAUGCGAAACAUAAAGUCUUUAGUAACAACUUGUAGAUAUAGAACCGAUGUGUUUUUCUAUAUCUCUAUCAGAAGUCAUUUUGUUGCCGGAUCCUUAUACACCCAUAAACAAUUAAAUUUUGUUUAUGCCAUUUUUACAAGGUUUGUGUAAAUAUUUUUUCCGUUACUUAUAAAUACUCAUUAUGUCCGUUUUUAAAUGCUGACUUCUUUUGUGUUCCUUUAUUCUUAUUUUAAGAGCGUGUGCAUUCGCCCAGUGGUAAUACUGUCUUUGAAAUCAUGGGUUGAGCUUGAAUAUUCCACUACUACUAUUGAUAAACUAAGAUUAUACAGUCUCAUGUAUAGAUAUUUUACACCUGACACACUACAUAACAGGACAGCUUUCGGACGUAGAGCAUAUUAGUUUUAAUAUACUUUCUUCCGACUUAAAACUACUAACUGUUUUAUAGAGGAGCCGGCCAUAUCGUUUACAUCGGUGACUUUUAGAUAAGUUAACACACAAAUAAACUGCUAUAUUCGUGGUUGUAAUUACACGUGCACGUGUAUUUCGAGUCCACUUUAGAAAAAUUCCUGUAAGCAUUGUUAUCAGUAUAUUGAUUGUGAUUUUAUGAAUGUCAUUAAGCUUAUUGUGUGCUUGAAUUUCCUAAUUUGUCAUACAUUGUAAAAUGGUUUAGUCGUUGUUAUUUAAUAUCAUAUAAUACUUUUCAUAUUCUUAGAGUAUAUGUGACUCGUACUGGAAAGAGAUAACGAAGUGCUCGUCGUGCACAUUUUACAUGACUUUAACAUACUUCUAAUAUUGUCGCAUUUAAUUUGUACACAUAUGUAUCAUUUACUUAUAUCAUUGUCAUACAAAAAUCUAUCUUUCAUGUAAAUUACUUUUUGUUUUACCUCUUCCCUAGUAUAAAGUGAAAAUGUCUACAAAAUGUAUACAGAAUAUUAUAAGAAUAAUAAGCUUAAUCGCAUGAUUUUCUUAGUAGAGUAUUUGACUUUUAUCCAAACAAGAUGUUCGAGAACAGCGUUUUAUAACAUGACGAAUGCAAGCAUGAAUGAUGUAGUUCUCUUACUGCUGUCGAUAGGUAGUCAUAACCAUAUAUAGCACAACUGUUGAUAGUUUUUUUAAUACAGAAUCAAUUCAAUAAUUAAGUACUUGAUCGUUUGUUUUAAGGUUAUUGCUAUAUUUUCUAAUUUGACCUGAAUGUUUAGCUCAUCUGAAUGCAAAGUGCUCAAGGUAAGCUAUUACGAUCACCUUCGUCCGUCUUCUUCCUCCGUCGUCGCCGUCAUGCGUUGGCAAUUUUUUGAGUGUUUACGCUCCAGAAGUCACACAUAUUGCCCAAUCUGUAAGGAACUGCGUCCGAAAAAAGCAAGGAUAAAUAGCCAACAGGGGAAGCCACAUUUAAAAUACACAGCCUCUUCAAAUCGCAACCAAGCACGCGGAAGUCCACUUGACCCACCCACACACAAAGUAAAGCAAACACAUAAGGAAGAUCAGUGGUACAACACCACUGGGGAGCUUAAACCGACUGAUCGUGCACCUAACCUCUAAAGGAUCUAAAUGUGAAAUCUAGGUAUAGACUGUGUUACCUGAUGUCUGAAACUAGGUCAUUGGGGUAAAAGUCAUUGAACAAUUUGUUCACACUCAAGAGUCCACACUUUCUAUCUGAUCUUCAAUUAACUUUGUCAGAUUGUUUGUCUGUACAUAUCUAGGUCAGUUUUAAAGAUGUGGUACUCGAAAUAAAACAUAGCUCACUAGGUUCAUUCACAGAAAAUCUUUGUUAAUACUUUAAAUGCAUUUUUUUUCUAAUUCAUAUAUCUUUGUCAGAAUAUUUGUCUGUAUGAAAUCAAGGUCAAGUUCAAAAGUGGGGUACUUGAAACUAAAUAGCAAGAUCACUAGGUCAAAUCAUAAAAAAACCUUCGUAACACUCGAAAUGUCAUAUUUUCCUCCUGUUCUUCAAGGGACUUGGUCAUAGUAUUUGUUUAAAAUUUAGGAACAGAAUUGUUAGUGGGUCACUUAGGUAAAACAAUUAGGUCAAUAGGUCAAAUCAUUGAAAGACUUGGUAACUGAAACAUGUUCAGAAGAUACGGGGUUACAUUGGGUAAGAACUAGGUCAAUAGGUUAGGACCAGUAUUCAUCUUUAACAUUAAGGUCUAAAUUGGCACAGAUAGUUAUGUGUCUUUCUAUGAAUGUGCCUUAUACAGCGAGAGAUAGCUCUGAAAAUUUUUAUCAUUUUAAAUAUAUUGUAAAAACAUAUGGAAAAUUAGAAUGAGCUAAGUUUCAGGCUUUAUACGUUGAUGAAUACAGCCCCAUGUGCGUGAUGAAUACAGGCCCUGUUGAGUGAUACAGUAUUGUCAGGACCCUCUUGUUAUCUUGUUCUUUUCACAUGUUAUUGUUAUUUUGCAGGAGUUGCUUUUAGUAUUGUUUUUGUAUAACGUAGAUACAACGUACUAAAAUUGUUAUUUAAGAUAAUAAUAAGUAGUAUUUUCUUACUGCGGUAUAAAUGUCAACAACACUAACAAAACCUUCCUGUUUUGUAUACACUUGUAAAUGGACGUUAUUAUGAAUGUUAUUACUGAAAAGAUAAAUAUAAUUGUUAUAUUGUAAUAAUUGUUUUAUGUGAUUUACGUGAUCCCUAGUUUACUUAGGGAAGUAGCAGUUUUCAUACUUUAGAAUGUAAAAUGUUGGUUUCACCUACAAUGUCUUUUUUUAUUUUAAUGACAUAGAAAGUGCGAAAUCUAUCAGAUAUAACUACAUAAUCUAUCUAAUAUAUUAAGUGUUUUGUAUUAAUUUCACAUUUUAAGUUGGAGAGUCUACAUUUUUUAAUUUUUCUGUACACUUAGACGACAAGAUAUUUAAACAGACGAUAGGCGAUUCUAUGGAACGCCACGGCUGUUUUAUGUCGGAACAUUUCGUGUUAUCAUGUCAGAGUGUGGUCUUAACUUGUUAAAACAGUGUCUUAUUAUGUUAAAAAAUUGUUAUUAUGUCAAAGCAUGGUGUUUACUUGUCAAAAACAGUGUCUUAUUAUGCUAACUAGCCAUGUUAUCUUCUCAAAGUGUGGUGAUUACCUGUCAAAACAGUGUAUUAUUAUGUUAAAAGCUAAGAUAUCAUGUCAAAGUCAGAUGUUAACUUGUUUAAAUAGUGUCUUAUUUUGUCAAACUAAUGUUAACAUUACUCUUUUACAUCUUAUUGCAUAUUAACAUAAUAAACCACUGUUUUGACAAGUUAACAUAGCUUUACAAUAGCACGCUCCGUAGACAAGAUCGCGUGGUAUUUUGACAUACUAACAUAGCAAUUAACAUAAUGAGACACUGUUUUGACAAAUUAACACAACGUUUUGGCGAGAUAACAUGCCUGAUUAACAUAAGAAGACACUAUUUGGACAAGUUAACAUCACACCAUAACGUAUUAACAUAAUAAAGUACUGUUUAGACAAGGUAAUACCACACUUUGACAAGAUAACAUAGCUUUGUAACAUAAUAGCACGCUCGGUACACAAGAUCACACGGUACUUUGACAAAAUAACAUAACGUUUUAACAAGAUCACAAUUAUGGUACUUUGACAUAGUAACAUAGCACUUAGCAUAAUAAGACACUGUUUUGACAAGUUAACAACACAUUAUGAAAUGAUAUCAUAGCUUUUUAACAUAAUAACACUGCAAACACUUUGCAAAUACUUUGAUAUGAUAACUAGUUAACAUAAUAAGACACUAUUUGGACAAGUUAACAUCACAACUUGACAUGAUAACAUAGCUUUUUAACAUAUAACACGCUGUUUCUACAAGUUAACACCGUGCAUUGACAAGGUAACAUGGCCAGUUAAUAUAAUAAAACACUAUUUCGACAAGUUAACACAACAAAUUUACAUAAUAACAGAACUUUUUGACAUGAUAAGACACUGUUUUGACAGGUUAACAUCACGCUCUGACAUGAUAACAUUUAACAGGCGUGGCGUUCCAUACGAUUAUAAUUAUGAUUUUUCAUGUGAGUAUGAGUCCAGAUAUAUCCCAUAUUGGGGUGUGAUAUUCACUAUGCUUAUAGGCGUAAUGCAAAUGCAGUUACUGACUGAAAGAGAUUUCAAAAGCUUUCAGAAACCUGAUAGGGUGGUGAUGUUUUUUGCUAUAGUUAUGGAGGGAAACCGGAUAUAAACGUUAUAUUCGUGGGUUUUAUGUCAACUGACUUGAAAACACUGGCAAAUUAACAUGUCUUUUUUAAAUUACAAAUAUUUCUAAUUGUUUUUAUCUAAAGACGAAUCUAUUGUAGAUUUGAGGCUUAACGUCGUUCCUGAAAAAAGCUUUAUGAAAGGCUGAAAUUGUUCUGUGAAGGUACAUGUACAGAGAAAUGUCUGAACAGUUUACUAUCAACAUAUCUAUAUCUUUGCUUCAAUUAUCCGCUUUUAGUUGGUUUUUCUAAUCAUGCAUUCGGUGAAUUCGUCUCGGCCGAACGCAAAAUUUGCAAGCUAAUUAUACCUAGUUUCAAGGUAUGAUAGCACAGUAGACAGCAGCAGUUUCCACUGCAAGCCUACUCUCCAUUCCGCACCGUUUUCGUCACCGAAAGCCCAAGAUUCGAUGCUGAUUGUUGAAUUGUCAGUCUCCAUAAUUGUUAUUUUAGCCGGCAGGUUUAAUACAGAACUCAAAUGCUGUAUUAUUGCAAUCUUUAAUAAAUAUUGCCGAUAUUAAACGCAUCAAAUUUGUAUGAUACACACUUUGAUAGAUAUGUCUGCUAAGUUAAGUAUGACAAUGUGAUUAUACAAAAAGAUUGUUUGGUGAAGGAUGUAGAACUACUUUUAAGCACUAUUUUGUUAGAUUUUUUUUUCAUUUAGCCCUGUAUAAGAUUAUGUUAGCACUGAGGCGGAUACUCCGCCCCGAAAAAUAGCUAUAGAAUAUACUGUAUAAUUUUCCAUUUAUCUUUCAAAUCGUAUGAUUGUUUUAACAGUCACAAGUCAAUCGCAAAGGCAGAUGAAACAAAUGGUCCUUAUACUACUAAAGCAUAAACCAAACAAAAGGAAAUAAAAUGUCAUAUAUCCAAAUAUGUAAAUACCGGUCGUCUGCAUUGGUUUUCAAAUGAUAAGAUGCUAGUUUUAAACGGUUAGCAAUUAUCAUUUCGUUGUCCGUGUUUCUUGUAUUUUGAUAUCUUUAUUUUAUUUAUUUUUUUCGUUCCGACAUAUAUGUUUAGCUGGAAAAACAUGAAUAAACAAGUUUUUGUUGUGUGGUAACAGUAAAUAAGUAAAAUACAAAUGGAAUACCCUGUAAUUCUCAGCUGAAGUUUUCAGACAAAGUUAACAUAACUCAUUUGUUGACACUUUGAUGAUUAUGUCUAUAUCUGUAUUAUAUAUGUCAGUUGUACGGGCAAUGCUGUUUAUAUCAUAUUUCCAUACAAAUUUUAAUCGCAGUUAAUUUGUAUUUUAGCUCACCUGAGCAAAAGGCUCAAGGUGAGCUUUUAUGACCGUCCGUUGUCCGUAUUGUGUCAACAAUUUAAAACAACAACAACAACAAAGUAAAAACAUUUUUCUUCAAAACUACUACGCAGAUUUACACCAAACCUUACAGGAAUGAUUCUUGGGUAGCCCCCUUUCAAAAUUGCCCAAAGAAUUGAAAUCUAUGCAGAACUCUGGUUGCCAUGGCACCCUAAAGGAAACAUCUUAAAUCUUCUUGUUCAAAACCGCAAGGCGUAGAGCCUUGAUAUAUAGCAAUGUGACAUCAUCUAAUGGCUUUCUAUGAAAACUGCCCAAAUUAUGACCUUGUGGUGGAAAGAGGCCCCGCCUCUGGGGUCCAAAUUUUUACAUAGACUUAUAUAGGAAAAAACUUUAAAAAUCUUUUUUGUCUGAAACUGCAAGGCCUAUGCUUUUGAUAAUUAGUAUGCAGCAUUUCCUCGUGGUCCUCUACCAAGACUGUUCAAGUAAUUACCCUGGGGCGAAAAGAGGCCCCCCGGGGAUCCCAAGUUUUACAUAGACUUAUAUAGGGAAAAAAAUCUUCUUGUCUGAAACUGCAAGGCCUAGAUUAUUUUGUGAAUUGGUAUGUUGCAUUGCCUAGUGGUCCUCUACCAAGAUUAUUCAAAUUAUGCCCCUGGCUGAAAAGAGGGUCUGCCCUGGGGGUCCCAAGUUUUACAAAGACAUAUAGGAAAAAAAUCUUGACUGAAAGUUCAUGGCCUAGGCCCUUGAUAUUUGGUUAGAGGCAUUGUGUUGUGGACCUCUAACAAGAUUGCUCAAAUUAUGCCCCUGGGGUGAAAAGAGGCCCAACACCGGGGGUCACUUGUUAUAUAAGUUAUAUGGGAUAAAUAUUUCAAAUUUUAUCAGAUCAUAUUUCCUAGACUGUUUAAUUAUAAUUACCUGAUGACUCCAAGUGAUUAGGGGUCAUCUAACUGUGACCUUGACCUGCUUACAUUAUUUCUUGUUUUUUAAAAUACAGCCUAGAAACUUGGAUGACAUGUAUAGUUUUGCACACUGAUUUUGAAACUGACUUUCAGUGACCAUAAAUGUGACCUACUGACCUAUUUUCUUAAAUUUUAGCAUCAGUUUGAUAUUUGAAACAUGCUCACACAACAAAAAGGAUUCAAUGCUUACUUACAUUUGACUUUCUUACCUGAUCUCUUACACUUGUCAAUGUAGCUCACAUUACUCAGGUGAGCUAUCCAGGGUCAUCAUGACCCUCUUGUUAUUCAUACUCUCAAGAAAGAUGAAUAAAAUGAAAAGUUAAACAUUACGUUAUUUACAAUGUUUUUCGUAAUUGUCAGACAGACACCUUUAUACUUGGUACAAUUUUUGAAUUAAGAAUAAUUAAUUUCUUGAAUUUUCCGUAUCUAUUCUUGUAUAUGUUCUCCAAUAACCUCUUUCAAAUAUGCAUGAGAAAGAAUAAAUAUUAAUCUAGAUAAAUAAGACUACUUAAUUGGUUUGAGUUUUUGUGUGCAAUCAGCAAUUUGCUUUGAAUUCUGCUUACAAAUGAGCAAAAUAUUGUAAGCAAUUCAACGCAUUAUCAAUUUUGUUAAGCUUUCAGUGCAUUCAAACAUUUUGAAACUAGUACUGUCAGCAUGUUGCUAUAUCUUGACUAGCUGGCUUGGAGUACAACUUAAAACAUUACUACAGAAUGUUUUGCUUGUUUUCAGAUUUUAACUUCAUAAGUAAGUUAUUCCUCGGUUUUACACCUACGAUUAUGAUUUAUACUUAUAGAUCUCAUUAUUGUAACAAUGCAUAAUUUAACGAUUAUUAGAGAGUAUUACAAUUCAUCUGAUAACCUCAGUAUUAUAUUAUAUACUUAUCGAUUUUUCUAACAUCACCUCAAUAUUUCUUGGCGAAAUUUGUUAUAAUUCGACAGUGCAUUUAUGAUAUUUGUUACACAUUUAGCUAAACAUGUUGUUAUUAAUAUAUCGAUAUUUCAACAAAACUGAAUUGUGCAAAGACAUCAUUUUAUUUCUUUUACGACCGCUACCCGUUUUAAAAAAGUCACAAAAAUGCACACAGAUGUUUUUAUUUUUCAUAAAGCGAGCAGAUAUCAUUAAUAAUAAUAAAGAGCUGUAAAUACUGAUUUUUCACUAAUAUUUGACCAAAUAUUAAACCAAAUGUACAAUUCCCAAGAUAUGACUAGAUAAAGAAGGUAUUUUGCUUUUGUCCAAAUUGUCUGGACUUAUACACUGGCACCAGACCAGAAAGAAAACAAAACACUGUACAUAUUAUACCAUACCCAUUACUAUAAGUAUAUUUGUCAUGAAUGGGAAAAUGUACUAAACCAUUUCAUUUCUGCAUUUCUCAACCCGGUUAAACGGAUAUAAUGCAUAGUGUUUUGUAAUUAUCUUAAGAAUUUGUGUUGGUUUCUCAUAAAUUUUCUCCGUAUAUUCUGUGAAAUUAUGUUAUGAUGUAUGAUGUGUUAUCAUACAGCUGUUGUCCAAAUAAAAAUACUACCAACUUUU